AUGCAUAUGACUCCAAGCUGUGUCAUGCAGUUGACACACCUGAGGGACCAGUUGCCAUUCAGAGGGAGCUGGACAAGCUCGAGUGCAAAUCUCAUGAAGUUCAUCAAAGCCAAGCGCGAGGUCCUGCACUGGGGUUGGGGCAACCUCAAACAUAGAUACAAACUGGGCAAUGAGUGGAUUGAAAGCUGUCCUCAGGAGAAGGACUUGCAGGCACUGGUGGAUGAAAAACUGAAGGUGAAGAACGAAGGCCCCAAACUGGUGCCCUUCUUUAAAGCUACGUGUGUCUAUUUUGUCCUCUGGCUGCCAACUUCCAGCCCCUCCUGGUUCAGUGCCCUCAUCAAAUGUCUGCCCAUCUUCUGCCUGUGGGCUUUCCUUCUGGCUCAUGGAAUUAACUUCUUAGUGUCACACCGGAGCGCCAGCCGCAUCCUAGCGGGACUCAUCUUCUCGGCAGUGGGAGAUGCCUUUCUCAUCUGGCAGGAGCAGGGCUACUUCAUUCAUGGUUUGCUGAUGUUUGCCAUCACACACAUCCUCUACUCUUCAGCCUUCGGCAUGAAGCCUUUGGACCUCAAAGCCGGCUUGUUGAUGGGCCUUGUUUCCAGCUCCUGUUAUGCCUUCCUGUACUCCUACCUCUCAGGCCCAUUCACCUACCUGGUCGCUGUCUACAUCGCCUUGAUUGGCUUCAUGGGCUGGCGAGCAGUUGCUGGUGUGCAGCUGUGCAAUGACCUCUGGACAUGGACCAAGCUCUCGGCCUGCAUUGGCGCGAUGCUGUUCAUGGUGUCGGAUCUGACCAUUGCACUUAACAAGUUCUGCUUUCCUGUGCCCUACUCGCGCUUCAUCAUCAUGGCUACUUACUAUGCAGCCCAAAUGCUUAUUGCAUUGUCAGCUGUAGAGACCAGAGAUGAAGAGGACUUCAGAAAAAGGAGCUAG